GGUCACCCACAGACCUGCAGAACCUUCGGGCUGGUCCUGUUCUGAAGGGUCAGCCUUGCUGCUGUCAGGGUGGAAGGCCCCUGACCAAGCCUGAGCAGAAGAUGUGGCCGAGUUUCUCGCAGCAUGGAUAACAGCAGUGGUCCUGUUCUUCUCCUCACCUUGCUCCUGCUGCAGAACACGAGCAGCCCCAAAGCCUCCACCCUCCCUGCUGGCUAUGGGAUGGCAGAACCUGCAGCCCCAGGAGCCGGCUCCAGCAGGAACCACUCUCUGGUGGAGUACGGGCUGAGGCCAGGGGAAAUCGCAGCUGCCAGCGUGGUUUGGGGAGCGCUGUGGCUGAUCUCUGUCUUGGGAAACUUCCUCGUUUGCUUAGUGAUCCACAGGAGCAGGAGGACUCAAUCCACCACCAACUACUUUGUGGUGUCCCUGGCGUGUGCAGACCUGGUGAGCAGCGUGGGGAGCGCGCCCCUGCUGCUGCUGCAGCUGAGCUCCGGGCGGUGGCUGCUGGGCAGCGGCGUGUGCCGGCUGGGCAGGUACCUGCAGUACCUCACGCCCUGCGUGCAGACCUACGUGCUCCUCGCCAUCAGCGUGGAUUGGUUCUACACUCUCGUCCUUCCCCUGAAUUUCAGAGUUUCCAGGGAGGAAGUUAAGAGAAUGGCUCUGGUCUCUUGGCUCUGUGGUGCUGUGUGUGCAUCACCGGCCUAUUUUCUCUAUGGCUCCAGCAGUGAUCACCACUGCAACUUUUUCCUCCCCAGUUCUUGGUUAGGAGCUGCCUCUGGUGUCAUCCACCUCUCAGUGCUGUUGCUUUUGAUCCCAUCACUCCUCAUUAUCCUCUGCUACCAGAUGCUCUUCAUUUACAUUUGGAGAAGUGACACUGAGGACACAGCUGGAAGGAGGACAAUGAAUCUUGUCUCAAGAAGAAAAGUGAAAACUGCCAACAUGUUCUUCAUUUUUGUCUUGAAUUUUCUCCUGUCCUGGCUGCCUUUCUUCGUGGUACAGUUGUGGCACCCACAGGAAACAGACUACAGAAAGAGCUCCUUGCUUUUUCUGGCCAUCACCUCGAUUGCUUUCAGUUCCUCAGCCUCUAAGCCAAUCCUGUUCUACAUUUAUAAUGCAAACUUCAGAAGAGGAAUGCGAGAAAUUUGUUGCAUGUGGAAAUACCCCAGAAGCAAUAUCUACACCAUUACUUUCAGUUCCAGAACAGCCAAAAAGAAUCACAUUGGGGCCACAGAUAUACCAGCACCAGGCCAACCUCCCCAAAUACUCUACCUGUGAUGCUUUUAACAGGGAAGUCAAGGAGCAUGAGCUUGCCAGGCCUGGUGAAUCCAAUCCCACAAAUACAUUUUCCUAGAGGGUUUCAU